AAAAAAGUUCGGUAUAUGCAAAUAUUUAGCAACGACCGUAUUUGGGUUUGUCCGGAGAAGAACAUGACGCAGAUACAUCCUGUCCUAGCAUUACCUAUGGCUUCCGGUGCCGGAGAAGACAAGAGUUCACCGUACUUGACGACAGAGCAAGAGAGUUUCACGAUUUGGAUGAGAUCUCUAGUGUGCCAUAGCAAAGGCUGCACAGUUUUUAAUUCCAAAGGAAACUUAAUCUAUCGAGUGGAUAAUUAUGAUUCCAAGAGUUGCAGUGAAGUUUCUCUUAUGGCCUUAUACGGAGAAGCCUUGUUUACGUUGCGUCAAAAGAACUCGGGAUUAUACAAAUAUUGGGAAGGACAUAACUCAACAGGAACAAUAUUUCGAGUAAGAAAGAACUUCAAGAUUUGGCCAAACGGUUCGUCGUCUUCUUACAAAGUUUCAAUGGGAUCCGGUAAAGAUGAUCAACAAUCUUGUUAUAAGAUUGUAAACAACAAAUCGGUUUUCACUAUUGAAGAUGGGUCAGGAAGAUUGAUGGCAGAAGUUAAAAAGAAACAAUCAAACGUUAAUGGUUUAGAUUUUGGAGAAGAUGUUUUGACAAUGAUGGUUGAGCCAGAGGUAGAUCAUUCUUUCAUUAUGGGUAUUGUAAUAGCUUACGGUCUUCUAAAAUGUAAAUUAUGAUUUUUUUUUUCUUUUUGGGUGAGAAACAUUCAUUUUGUAAAUUUAAUGCAGUGAAUGAAAACACACAAAUGUUUAGGGAGCCAAAAACAUUCCAAAACUAGGCAUAGACAUCUGUAACUGAACCUGAU